AGAAUCAGAAUUUUAUUUUAAAAUGUUGAGAGUCUAUAAAUAGUGAAUUGAAUUCUGAAUGAAAACUUGUAAGAGUUCCGCAAUAGGAAGAAGGAACUAAAAAGGAAUUUGAUCUUCACAGCACUUGCUUUGAAGGGUUUUGCUCUUUUUCAGUUUGGGAAAGAUGGCUUUGGAAACUUUCCUAUUUACCUCUGAAUCUGUUAACGAGGGACACCCCGACAAGCUGUGCGACCAGAUCUCCGAUGCGGUUCUUGAUGCCUGCCUUGAACAAGACCCUGACAGUAAGGUAGCUUGCGAAACUUGCACCAAAACAAACAUGGUCAUGGUUUUUGGAGAAAUUACAACAAAGGCUGAUAUCAACUAUGAGAAGAUUGUUCGGGAUACUUGUCGUACUAUUGGAUUUGUAUCUGACGACGUCGGUCUUGAUGCUGAUAAAUGUAAGGUUCUGGUUAACAUUGAACAACAGAGUCCUGAUAUUGCUCAGGGUGUCCAUGGUCACUUAACCAAGCGUCCUGAGGAUAUUGGUGCUGGUGAUCAAGGUCACAUGUUCGGGUAUGCCACUGAUGAGACCCCAGAGUUGAUGCCUCUUAGUCACGUUCUUGCAACUAAGCUUGGAGCUCGUUUAACCGAUGUUCGUAAAAAUGGUACUUGUGCCUGGUUGAGACCUGAUGGUAAGACCCAAGUCACUGUCGAAUACCAAAACGACAAGGGUGCCAUGGUUCCCAUCCGUGUCCACACCGUUUUAAUCUCCACACAACACGAUGAAACUGUCACCAAUGAUGAAAUUGCUGCUGAUCUUAAGGAGCAUGUCAUCAAGCCAGUCAUUCCCGCAAAGUACCUCGAUGAUAAAACCAUCUUCCACUUGAACCCAUCAGGUCGUUUUGUUAUUGGUGGUCCACAUGGUGAUGCUGGUCUUACUGGACGUAAGAUCAUUAUUGACACGUAUGGUGGUUGGGGAGCUCACGGUGGUGGUGCAUUCUCCGGCAAAGACCCCACCAAGGUGGACAGAAGCGGAGCCUACAUUGUAAGACAGGCAGCAAAGAGCAUCGUGGCAAGUGAUUUAGCUAGACGAUGCAUUGUCCAAGUUUCAUAUGCUAUUGGUGUUCCAGAGCCUUUGUCAGUAUUUGUGGAUUCUUAUGGAACUGGAAAGAUCCCAGACAAGGAAAUUCUACAGAUUGUGAAGGAGAACUUUGAUUUCCGACCAGGAAUGAUCUCAAUCAACCUUGAUCUCAAGAGGGGAGGAAACAACAGGUUCUUGAAGACUGCAGCUUACGGUCACUUCGGUAGAGACGACCCUGACUUCACAUGGGAGGUUGUGAAGCCACUCAAGAAGGCUUAAGUGAAAGCUUAUUUACAGAGGUCCAUCUUUAUCGAUCUCGGUUGUUUGUUUGCCAAAAAAUCUGUGUUUUGUUUCUCUAACUGAAAGUUAGAUUUGGAAUGUUUGUUCUGCUCGUGAAGUGUUUUUCACUGUGUUUCCUUCUUGUGUACUUUCUCUGUGAUUUGUCUCCUUUUUAAGAAUGUUAAUGGAAUUUGUUGAACCUAUGAUUUCAAUGAAAGAAGAAAUUUCCAUUUUCUUAAA